UUGAAAUUCACGUUUGAAUGUCAAGUGUCAAAAUUGUUCAUACAUAUACGGCACCACAUCGACACAUCGAUCAGUUUAUUUAUACCGAAUCGUUGAGAAGCUCAGUAUUAAUUGAUUUCAUCAUAGAUUUGUUUUUGUACUCCGUCCGACUUUUAUUGCAUAGAAUCCUACUCAAAUCAAUUUUAUAUUCAUAGAUUAAAACUUAAACGAAUUUCAAUUAAUUGAAGAACAUUUUUGCUAUUGAAAAAUUGCAAUUAAUUGAAGAAGAAAAAAAUGUCAUCCAAAUUGAAAAGUAAAAAAUCCAAAACGAAGCGCAGUGUAAAUACCACGUGUUGGGUACAAAAUAGUGAUGGUACAUUGUCGCUGACAAUUGGUGCAAAAAAAUCAAAUAAUGAUUCUGAAUUGAAUGAUAUAACGACAAACUGCGAAGAAGACAUAGAGGCAGCAGCUUUUAAAGAUUACAAUGGCAACGUAACAAACGAUCCGAUGAAAAUUCCACAAACCGUCCAGAACGAUGUAAUUCAGAAUGAAUUAAUGUCCACUGCGAUACAACUUCCAACCACACCAAAUUUACCGAUUAAAAUAUUGAAAUCAAAUUGGUUACAAACCGGAGUCAGCUAUCAAGAGCAGCAAAAGAUAAAACGUCAUGGUGAAAUGACGGCAGAACGAUUAGAAAUGGCCACAAUACCGCCAUACACAGUCCCUACCGCCGUCUGGGAGUCAUUGGAAAAGGAAGAACCAUUGGCACUAAACUUCUCGGUUGAAUUGUAUCGCAAGAAGAUACAGCAUUAUCACAAGGCAUUCAAUACUAUGAUCCACCUUGAAGAAGCAGCCAAUGUCAAAUUCAUGAAGACAUUUGAUCAAACUGCUGUACGAAUUUUCUAUGGAGGAACGGGACGGAUUUUCUUUUUUUUGAAUGAGGACCGAAUGGCCGAAAUUUCAGCGGCAAUUGAAGAGAAUUUAUUGGAUGCACUGCGAUUGAAGCCGGUAACAACCGAUGAAUCAUGGUUGGAGAACUAUUUUGGUUCGAUAAAAGGAAAGGACGAGGAAAAAAUUUACAUUGAAAUGUAUGAGCAAUCGUAUGCGGCAUUUAAGAAAGUGUACAAAAAUCAGCCCUUCGACAUUUUCUUUCGCUUCAAUCGUUUGUCAUAUCGUAUGCAACACUAUGCUCUGGACCUGAUGCGAGACCAUCGUUUAUUCAAUCAAUUGAUUGAUAAUCCGGCAUAUGAUGAUGUUAAACGACCAGUUGCCCCCACAAUUCUCAACAAUUUUGAACUGAGCCGUGAUUCCAUGUUUCAACUGAAUCCCGAGCAAGAAUCGGCUGUGGAAAAUAUUGUACAUGCGAAGAACUAUCCAUUGCCGUACAUUUUGAUAGGGCCACCCGGCACAGGUAAAACGCGAACAUUAGUUGCGUCAAUCGAACAAAUCGUUCUUCUAACCUCAAAAAAUGUAUUGGUGUGUGCUCAAUCGAAUGGCGCAUGCGACGAAAUUGCCGAACGUUUAACGGCCGUGCUGUGCGAAGACGAACUAUUUCGAUUAUAUGCAAAGACAUUUGAUGUGUGCAAGCUGAAUCCAUUACUUGUGCCAUACAGCAAUUGGACUGGCCAAGAAUUUCACUAUCCAUCGUUAAAAUUUCUACAAAAAUUCCGCGUUUUAGUUUGCACAUUGUGCACUGCAGGCACUCUCACCAGAGCUGGAAUAUCUGCAAACCAUUUUUCAUAUGUUUUUAUAGAUGAGAGUGCUAGCGCAUUCGAAACGAUGACGUUAAUUCCGAUUGCAGGUUUAUGUACAACGGUGAACAAAAUACAUUGUUCUAUUAUUCUCGCUGGUGACCCAAAGCAGCUGGAUGCGGUUACCAAAUCAGAGCAAGCCAAAGAACUAGGAUUUCGAACGUCUUUUCUUGAGCGUUUGUGUGAACACAAACUCUAUCAACGAAAUGAUGGCACAACGGAAUUCAAUGGAACUUACAUCACACAAUUGAUUCGCAAUUAUCGAUCACAUUCGUCCAUUCUGAAAUUGCCCAAUGAACUUUUUUAUGAAAACACACUGAUUCCGAUUGCAUCUGAAGACGUGACUGGAUGGUUCAUAAAUUCGCCACUGUUACCCAGUAAACGGUUCCCAAUCAUAUUUAAAUCCGUUCAAUCGUAUAAUGUUGAACGAUCUGAGGUGAACAAGAGUCUAUUCAAUAUCAUGGAAGUGAUGGCUGUGAUUGACUUCAUCAAAAAUCUAUUGUCACCGUCAUACAACCAUUUUAUGAAAAUUUCACAAUCCGAUAUAGGAGUCGUUACACCAUACAAGAUGCAACGUCGAAAAAUUGCACAGGCUUGCCACCGGUUAGGUUUUGAUGAUAUCACGAUCGGAACAGCAGAGGCGUUCCAGGGACAAGAAAAACCCGUGAUGAUUGUGUCGACAGUACGGUCUGGUGGAAAUCGAUUAGGUUUUGUGAACAAUGCCCGACGUUUUAAUGUAAUGAUUACGCGUGCCAAGUGCCUUCUAAUUAUCGUGGGUGAUCCACAUUCCCUUCAAAACGAUUCAAAUUGGAAUAGUCUGAUCGAAUAUUGUCUUGAUAACAACGCAAUGAUUCAAAGCAUUUAUCGGUAUCCAUAGACAAUUGCACGAAAAGUGAAAUAGUGCAACACUAUAAAAUGCCUUCAUAGGGAAAUUAAUUUUGAAAAAUUCCAGUCACAAAAGAUCUUUUCAGAAUAAACGAAAUU